AUGCGUGCAACUAUCGUCCUUCCCAGGAACGAGUGGGAUGGGGCCUUAUCAGCACCCCCUUCCCAGGACGAAGUCCGACUACAGAGCAUCGUCAUUCUCGUCGUUUCAAUUGUGUCGAUUCUUGGCGCAGGAUGGAUCAUGCUCAGUUUCUGGCUAUUUCCAAAUCUGCGCUCAUUCCGCCACCGUCUUAUUCUUGGCCUCGCCAUGAGCGACCUCAUCAUGGCCGUCAACUUCCUCUGCUCCACUGCGAUGAAUAUAUCCGGUCGACUUAUCGGUGCACCCGAGAAUGCCACCUUCUGUAGCUACAACGGCUUCAUGACGCAGUUCUUCGUUAUACAAACCGACUAUUGGGUUCUCACUAUUGCCGUUUGCACAUAUUUCAUCCUUGCUGGCCACAAGAGACAAUCGACGUGGAUUCAAAACCAUGAAUAUCUUAUCUGGUCACUCCCCUGGCUUUUCUCAACUAUUUGGGCGCUCAUCGGCCUCGUCAAAGACGCAUACCGCGACAUAGGCGCUUGGUGCUGGUUCGAAUCCGAUCGGACUCGUCUACUGGUCAACUUCGUCCCACGAUGGGUCAUCAUAGCCACUAUGUUUGUCCUAUAUGCCUAUCUCUACGUCGUUCUUUACAGAGCACAUAAUGAACUGAGCUCGGUGGUGGACGAGGUGUCCGGGCAUACGACCCCUGUCAGAAGCGUUGAUACCAGCUUUCAAGACGACAGCUUUGGUGGCGAGCGUCAGGCCCGUUCAUCAGCCACGUUGCGAAGACUGAGAAAGAUUGCCCGCUUGAUGCUGUUGUACCCUCUCGCAUACGCCGUCAUCUGGUCACUUCCAACGGCGAUUAGAAUAUACAACUCAACAACGGAAGCUGCAGCACCAUUCGCUCUGCAGACUAUCGAUAAAGCAAGCAUCGUGGUUCAAGGCUUGGUCGACGCGGUUAUCUACGGCCUGAAUGAGACUUCGUGGUCGAGUUGGCGUGCCCGCUUGUCACGUCAUGGGUACCCCACUCUGGCGACGAUGAAUGCAGACGAUGCAAACGAACCACGAGCGAGAGAACGUGAACAGAGAUCUUGUCGACCGGCAUGCGGGAGAGGAAGAGAGAUUACAGAAUCGACGGGUUCAGGGCCUUCAACCCUCGUCGAGCCACAAGAUGCGAUUGAACUAAGAGAUUUUACGACCGAGCCGCAUCGAAAAGGUAUCAGAGAAUAA